AUGACGGACCUUGCGUCGGGACUCUUCAAGUCUCUUCCCAAGCCAAAGUACUCUGGCGAAGAGGAGGAAAUCCCCAAGCAUGCGCAACCCCGUGGCCCACGCGUCGUCGGCGCCGGCCAGCUCGACGAGACUCAAGUCGUUCUACGGAAAUCUGGACCCCCACCUUACGGCAACCGCACAGGAUGGCGACCCCGAGCAGCAGAAGAUUUUGGCGACGGCGGCAGUUUCCCAGAAAUCUUAGUUGCCCAAUACCCUCUCGACAUGGGCCGUAAGGGAACCUCGUCAACCUCCAACGCACUUGCGGUCCAGGUUGAUGCAGAAGGGAAGGUCAAGUACGACGCUAUUGCACGCCGCGGCCAGGGUGAUAACAAAAUCAUUCAUGCAUCCUUCAAAGAUCUUAUUCCGCUCCGGCAGCGAGUGAACAUGGGCGAGGUCUCCCUCGACCGGCCCUCGGAGGAAGAAGUUGCCAUGCAGAUGGAGAAGACUAAGGCCGCUCUGGCCGGUUUAGUUGAAGGAGCUGUCAAAGCCCAGAAGCCCAAAAACGUGAAGGGCGGCCGCCGGGCGGAACCAACAUUUGUUCGAUACACACCAGCGAACCAGAUGGGCGACCAGAGCAGCAAGAACGACCGAAUCAUGAAGAUUGUGGACCGCCAGCAAGAUCCCAUGGAGCCACCCAAGUUCAAGCACAAGAAGAUUCCUCGCGGCCCACCCUCACCCCCAGCCCCAAUUAUGCACUCGCCUCCUCGAAAGCUUACCGCCGAAGACCAAGAAGCCUGGAAGAUUCCCCCUCCCGUGUCGAACUGGAAGAAUCCCAAGGGUUACACUGUCCCUCUGGACAAACGUCUGGCUGCCGAUGGACGUGGAUUACAGGAUGUGACUAUUAAUGAUAAGUUUGCGCAAUUCGCCGAAGCCCUUUUCACUGCCGAUCGCCACGCUCGCGAGGAAGUCCAGCUCCGUUCCCAGAUGCAGCAAAAGCUAGCCGAGAAAGAGAAAGCUCAGAAAGAAGAAAACCUGCGCGCCCUGGCUCAGAAAGCACGCGCAGACCGUGCCGCCCUCGCCGCCGCGACUCCGAUUCCCGCGCCCGUUCUCGCAGCGCAAGCCGCAGCGGCUCCCCUACUCUUCUCGGAGAACGAACGCCAGCUGCGCCAGUCCCGCAUGGGUACUGAGCGUCGUAUCCAAGCAAUGGCCCGUGAACAGAACCGUGAUAUCUCUGAGAAGGUCGCUCUUGGCCUUGCGAAGCCUACGCAGAGCUCAGAGUCUAUGUGGGACUCGCGCCUGUUUAAUCAGACCAGCGGCAUGAACUCUGGUUUCAACGAGGACAACCCGUACGACAAGCCGCUAUUCGCUGCGCAGGACGCCAUUAAUAGCAUUUACCGCCCUCGUGCGCAGGUUGAUGACGUCGAUGAUGGAACCGAAGAGAUGAGCAAGAUCCAGAAGGCGGAUCGUUUCGAGGUUCUUGGCCGGGCAAAGGAGGGAUUCCGUGGCGCUGCUGAUGCCGAGGAGCGACAGGGCCCUGUUCAGUUUGAGAAGGAUGCGGCGGACCCCUUUGGCAUUGAAAGCAUGAUUGCGGAUGUGUCUACUGGAUCGAAGCGCUACGGUAUCCAAGAAGCUGAGCAGGACGACCGCGGUGCGAAGCGUGCUCGUGUCGACGACGAUGAGUAA